CGUGGUCCGUGCAAGACCGUCACGAAACAGCGAAACUUGCCCAAGCGCGGAGCGGGGAUCAGAGGGGAAAAGAAGGAACCCACCACACCCUUCCCAGUGAGAUCUCCCCCCCCGCACCCUCCCCUCCCCUGGCAGCCGCAAUCUCUCCCUCCCCGGCGCGGAGGGCGAGCAGCGCUCUCGAUCCGAUUCCUGUGAGCGCCCGAGAUGGCGGCCUGGUCGGACUAAGUCCGAGCGAAAAAGGCGAGAGCCGACGCGCCGCUGUCAGGCGAUGGCGAGGCGGACGGGCGCCGCCGGCUUCCUGCUGCCGCUGGUGCUCCUGGCAGCCUCCUUACUUGAUUGGAACUUGAUUUCUCUAAUUAAUAUGAUCAUCUUCUUUGCUAUUCGAUUUCUUGCUCCAACAAGAGGGUUUCGCACUUGGAGGCUGUACCUUCUAUUGUGGUGUACGAUUAUUUACUCAGCGCUUGCUAUUUUAGCACAAGUUAUGUUUCAUAUAAUCUGGUGCAUUGAGGGCACGGGAUGGUCUGUGGCUUAUUCUUGGUGGGUGAAGCUGGUGGGUUUAGCAAGGGGCCAGCCUUGGGAAUCACCAUCAGUUAUCUAUUUUCUAGCCUUACAGAUAUCUGCCACAAUCCUUGCUUUGGUUGAAGUCCUUGGAAGUAGGCUUCAUCAAGAUUCAUGUUGGCUGAACUUCUCUUUUGGGUUUGAGCAAAUAGGUUACCAUUUGCGGGUAACAUGCUGUUUAUUACUGCCUGCUGCCCAGUUAGUUGUCAGUAUUAGCCAUCCUUCAUGGAUUUCUUUACCAUUUUUUGUAUUUAGCUGUAUUGGCCUUGUGGAUUGGUCAUUAACAAGCAACUUUCUUGGUCUUUUCCGAUGGUGGAGGUUACUUGAGAUAUACUCGGUGUUUAGUAUUCUUCUGCUUUAUAUCUACCAGUUGCCUGUGCAGUUUCCCUAUGUUGUCCUAGCAUUUGCUGACUUCAUUGGGCUGUUCAAAGUUUCCUCGAAAUCAGAAUGGCCUGAGCUGUCUUCUGGUAUUUCUCUUUUGGUGUAUUACUUCAUGGUUGUAGGAGUGGCUGGUGGGAGGGCGUGGUUUGGGUUCUCGGCUUCUCGCCGCUGGCAAGGUUGCGAUGCCGUCCUGGCGUCCGGCAUCGGAGUUGGAGGGAGGAGACGAGUUCGCCAAGAGCGAGAGAGAUAACUCUAUCUCUGGCUGCCUUUUUCCAUUCACUAGAGUUCACCCUUUAUACAAUAUCUUAACAAACCUCAAUUGCUAGCCUAACAAACUGAACUAUCUGAUCCUAGAAUCUAGGAGACCAGCAUGUGCGCGCGGUGACCAGCGGCGCGCGUCGCGUGCGUUCUCCCUGCACGGACCUUAGCCACUGCCACGCUUCUUCCUCUGAUACACGCGCCCCACCAUGACAGGAUCUCUAGUCAUUUAUAUAUUAUAGGCAGAGCUUAAAGUAAGGAUUUAAAGCGGAACCAAUUAGGCUCUUGAGAUCAACUACAUUGUUGGUUAUGGUAGUAAUAUGUGGAAGGUCAUAAAACAGAAUGCCUUGUCAAGUUUUAGCAUUUAAUAUUCAGUCGAGUAAAGCAGUGGAGCUUAUGUUUAGAUGACUGAUCAUUUAACCAAACUAGACUGAAGUAAUAAUACAGUAUGUAUCAUUAAAAAUAUCAAGUGUUGCACUCUAUUAGUUCAAAGUAUCAGUCAAACUAUCAUAAAAAUUCUGCGAUUAAUAGGAAGCUUUGCUAAGUUCUGAGUUUGCAGUGCACAAAAAAUCUCUUCCUUCUAAUACCGGCACCUGGUUACUUACUGUAGUUGUCAUCAGUGAAACAAGACAUACAGGAAACGGAUUCGCUUAUAUCUCUAGAAGAUGGCAGCUUAACGGAACACCUACUGCCUUCUGGAAAUGCCUUCUUCAGUUCCCAAUCUCGAUCUGACAGAAGGCAUACUAACAUAUUACUGAGAGGAUCGGUUUUCAGAAAUUUCAGUAUUAACUUCUUCACUUAUGGAUUCCCGGUCCUGCUGCUUGCCCUUGCCUUCUGGAGUUUCAACUUCACUAGUAUUUGUGCUUUUGGUCUCCUAGCAUAUGUUGGAUACAUUUUAUAUGCUUUUCCUUCCUUGUUCCAAAUGCAUCGGUUGAAUGGAUCACUUCUAGUGUUCAUUCUGCUAUGGGCAGCCAGCACGUAUGUCUUCAAUGUGGCAUUCACAUUCUUUAACAAAAGAUUUCAGAAGGAUAUGAAGAUCUGGGAGACUGUUGGGCUUUGGCACUAUUCUAUUCCUGGGUUAUUCUUACUUGCCCAAUUCUGCCUUGGAGUCUUUGUAGCACUGUGUAAUCUUGUUAAUAAUUCUGUUUUCCUUUACGUGCAAUCCAUGGAUGGUCCUUCAUCAAGUGAUGAUCAUCUCAUUGAUGAGAAGGAAGAUACAAUGGUUCUGAUUGUAGCAACACUAGCAUGGGGUCUACGCAAACUUUCACGUGCAAUUACUUUAACAUUACUCUUUCUACUUGUGAUGAAGCGAGGAUUUAUUCAUGCUGUUUACAUGUGCUUUUUCCUGGUGUUUUUGGUGAAUCAUUCAAUCGACAAGAGACUACGCCAGAUCUUAGUAUUGUUCAGCGAGUUUCAUUUUUCAAUACUCUACAUUCUUCAGCUUGAUCUGGUGUCCAGUGCUCUGGAGCGCAGUGGUUCACUAACAAUGGAGGUAUUAUCACAGUUAGGUCUCUCAAAUAAUGCUACAACAAAGGACUUCAUAGAGAUAGGCUCAAUAGUGUGCUUCUGCGCUGUGCAUAGUCAUGGUUUUAAGAUGCUCUUUUCACUAUCAGCGGUUUUGCGGCAUACACCUUGUCCACCAGUUGGAUUCACAAUUCUAAAGGCUGGUUUGAACAAGUCAGUUCUACUGUCAGUUUAUAGUUCACAAAGUUCGCGAAAUGAUGAAGCCUGCCGUAACUCACAUGAGAGAAAAAUUGCAUCGUAUCUCAGUAAAAUUGGUCAGAAAUUUCUGUCUGUGUACCGUUCAUAUGGAACUUAUGUGGCUUUUCUGACAAUUCUUUUGACUCUAUACUUGGUGACCCCUAAUUACAUAUCAUUUGGUUACCUAUUUUUCCUUCUAUUUUGGAUAAUUGGAAGGCAGCUUGUGGAAAAGACAAAAAGGCGACUGUGGUUUCCUCUAAAAGUAUAUGCCGCGGUGGUUUUUAUCUUUACCUACAGCCUGAGUGUUUCACCGAUCUUUGCAGAAUCAGUCUCAAAGUUUGUCAAACUAAAUCCUGAUCUGGGAUUUGAUCCUAAAGCUUCUUUGUUGGAAAAUGUCUGGCAAUCAUUGGCCGUUCUAGUAGUAAUGCAACUUUACAGCUAUGAACGAAGACAAAAUAGUGACAUGCACUUUGGUGCAUCUGAUGCUUCGGUAUCUGGACUUCUGGGGUUCCUAAGAAGAUUUCUAAUUUGGCACAGCGAUAAGAUAUUAUCAGUUAGUGUCUUUUAUGCUUGCCUAUCAUCCAUCAGUUUAUCUGGCCUAAUUUAUCUGUUAGGCCUCAUUGUGUUCUGUAUGUUACCAAAAAUGUCUCGAAUUCCUUCAAAGGUUUACCUUGUCUACACUGGUUUACUUGCUGCAUCUGAAUAUCUUUUUCAAAUGGUCUGCAAGCCUGCACAAAUGUGUCCUAAUCAGCACUUAUAUGGUUUAUCUGUGUUUCUUGGUCUCAAAUAUUAUGAUUCUGGGUUUUGGGGGGUUGAAUAUGGGCUUAGGGGAAAAGUUUUGGUGAUUGUGGCCUGUACCAUUCAGUAUAAUGUUUUCCAUUGGUUAGAUAUGAUGCCAACAUCUCUGGUGCAUAAUGGAAAAUGGGAAGAGCCCUGCCAGCUGUUUAUUUCGUCCAAUCCACCUUAUAGUUCUGUGAGAAGCAAUGAAGAAAAUCAUUCAUCAAGUAGGUUUACUUCGUUGUUUUCUAAAGUUCAAUGUCUUAUAGGUAGCAGCUCAAGUUCAUCUUUGGGUCCAGGCAACACUUACCAGAAUUCAGAGUAUGUCAAUAAUGCCAUCAAAGGCUCAGAUGAGGACAAAAGAUACUCGUUUGCAAAGAUUUGGGGAUUGUCAAAAGAAAGCCACAAGUGGGAUAAGAAAAGAAUAAUUUCUCUGAAAAGAGAAAGAUUCGAAACUCAGAAGAUGACAUUCAAAUGUUACAUGAAGUUCUGGAUAGAAAAUCUUUUCAAACUGCGUGGUCUGGAAAUUAACAUGGUUGUGUUAUUAUUGGCAAGCUUUACAUUGUUGAAUGUUGUAUCAAUCUUCUAUAUCACGUGCCUCGUAGUCUGCAUUCUUAUGAACAGAGAUCUAAUCCAGAAAUUGUGGCCCCUUUUUGUAUUUCUGUUUGCUUCUGUCUUGAUACUCGAAUAUUUUGCUCUUUGGAACAAUUUGAUGCCUCGGUUCCAUGAUAUCAAUGACAUUAAAGUCCAUUGCCGUGAAUGCUUGAAGAAUUCAAGGAUUUUCUUUGACUACUGCUCAAAAUGCUGGCUCGGGAUAAUUGCUGAUGAUCCUCGAAUUCUGAUUAGCUACUACGUUGUGUUUAUAUUUUCCUCUUUUAAGCUUCGAUCUGAUCGUUUCUCAGGCUUCUCAGACUCAGAUACAUAUCAUGAGAUGAUGUCCCAAAGGAAAAAUGCAGUAGUUUGGAGGGACCUCUCACUGGAAACAAAAAGCUUUUGGACGUUCCUUGACUAUGUACGGCUUUAUGCUUAUUGCCAUUUGUUAGACAUAGUUUUGGCAUUAAUUGCUAUCACCGGUACUCUAGAGUACGAUGUUCUGCACCUUGGUUACCUUGGAUUUGCUCUGGUUUUCUUUAGAAUGCGACUUGAAAUAUUGAAGAAGAAGAAUAAAAUUUUCAAAUAUCUACGGAUGUAUAACUUUGUACUCAUUGUUUUGUCACUAGCCUACCAAUCUCCUUAUGUUGGGCAGUUUAGCUCUGGCACGUGCGAUCAAAUUGACUACCUGUAUGAAAUAAUUGGAUUCUACAAGUAUGACUAUGGUUUUAAGAUAACAUCACGAUCUGCUUUUGUUGAAAUAGUGAUCUUUCUAUUGGUGUCUGUUCAAUCAUACAUCUUUAGCUCUGGUGAGUUUGAUUAUGUGUCAAGAUACCUUGAAGCAGAGCAAAUUGGUGCUAUGGUCCGUGAGCAGGAAAAAAAAGUUUUGAAGAAAACCGAGCAACUGCAGCAUCUUCGCAGGUCUGAGGAGCAUAAACGUCAGCGGAACAUGCAAGUGGAGAGGAUGAAGUCUGAGAUGUACAAUUUACAAAGUCAGCUUAACAGGAUGAACUCUUUCACACCGAUAAAUGAUACAUCUUACAAUGAGGGCCUGAGGCGCAGAAGGAAUACUAAGCUGUACAGUGAUACUAAUACCCCAGAUGUAGGUAAUGAGACUGGAUCACCAACAAAGCAAGAUAAUAUAGGAAGCACUGAGUCAGCACAGUCCUUUGAAUUUUCUGUAACAGAUACACAGAAGAACAUCAGAAAUUUGAUGUUCCAGGGCUCAUCUGAUACUAUGAGAUCACCAAUCAGGGGGAGAAGUGAUGAAUUUGUGCACACUGAUAAUAUUGGAAAUUCCCAGGGUUUGACACCUGAGAUCACUGAGUUUGAGGAGGGUGAUGACAAAGUUAAUUAUAAUUUAUCCAAAUGGGAGAAGGCAAUGGGACAACCAAAGGAAAACCCACUAAAAUCAGCUGUACAAUUGAUUGGUGAUGGUGUCUCCCAAGUUCAGUCAUUUGGAAACCAGGCAGUCACAAAUAUUGUUAGCUUCUUGAACAUUGAUCCAGAUGAACCACACUCUAAUGAGCAUCCUGCAGAAGGUGACAUUUAUGAUGUUGUUGAGAGUCAGAAGGAAACACAAGAUGGGCAGCUUCUGAGAACACAUUCAGUUUCAGAUAUCUCAGGGACUAAAGUUAAAUCAUGUAUGCCAAUUGGUGUGAUCUUUAGAUAUAUAUGGUAUCAGAUGCGAAGUAAUUAUGAUUAUGUUUGCUAUUGCUGUUUCGUUCUGGUUUUCUUGUGGAAUUUUAGUUUGCUAUCCAUGGUCUACCUUGGGGCACUUUUCUUAUAUGCUCUUUGUGUGAACUAUGGCCCAAGUUACUUGUUUUGGGUCAUCAUUCUGAUAUACACUGAGCUCAACAUUCUGUCACAGUACAUAUAUCAGAUUAUCAUUCAGCACUGUGGUUUAAAUAUACAUUUACCUCUUCUCCAGAGAUUAGGUUUCCCUGACGAUAAAAUAAAGGCAUCGUUUGUUGUCAGCAUAUUGCCUCUCUUUUUAGUCUAUAUAUCCACUCUCUUGCAGAGCUCUAUUACUGCCAAAGAUGGUGAAUGGGUUCCGGUAACAGAAUUCAGCUUUCUUAGCACAAGAAACAACAUUGAAGAGAAACAUUGUAUGCCUUACAGUUGGAGAGAGAGGCUAAAAAGUUUGCACUUGCCUGUAAUGAAUCUCAUAAGGAUGAUCACAAGAGGCUUAUCUAGAUAUUGGAUGUCAUUAACACAUGGAGCAGAAUCUCCUCCAUAUUUUGUGCAACUUACGAUGGAGGUAAACCAUUGGCCAGAAGAUGGAAUCCAGCCAGAGAGGAUAGAGUCAGCCAUAAAUAGGGUGCUUACUAUUGCACAUGAAGAACGAUGCCAGGCUAACUCUUCUACUUCUUGCCACUGUUGUAGCAAAGUCCGGAUUCAAAGUAUCGAGAAAAGCAAAGAAAAUUCAAAUAUGGCUCUUGCUGUACUAGAAGUUGUUUACGCUGCUCCUGCAGUAUGCCAACAAGCAGGAUGGUACAAUUCACUCACUCCAGCAGCUGAUGUAGAAAGGGAAAUUCAUGAGUCACAAAAAGCUGGUAUUUUUGAGGAAAUAAAUUUUCCUUACCCAAUUGUCUCAGUGAUAGGUGGUGGGGGUAAAAGAGAGAUCGAUCUUUAUGCAUAUUAUUUUGGUGCUGACUUGGCAGUUUUCUUCCUUGUUGCAAUGUUCUAUCAAUCUGUCCUAAAAAAUAAGAGUGAAUUUUUGGAGGUUUACCAGCUGGAGGAUCAGUUCCCGAAAGAAUUUGUUUUUAUCUUAAUGGUUCUCUUUUUCUUGAUAGUGGUUGACCGCAUUAUAUACCUAUGGUCCUUUGCCACUGGCAAAGUUGUUUUCUAUAUAUUUAACCUUGUGCUUUUCACGUAUUCGGUCACUGAAUAUGCUUGGGGAAUGGAGCUAGCUCACAGGGAUGUUGGAGGACUUGUACUGCGUGCUAUCUACCUUACAAAAUCAAUUUCCCUAGCACUGCAGGCAUUACAGAUCAGAUAUGGUAUUCCAAACAAGAGCAACUUAUAUAGACAGUUCUUGACUAGCAAAGUAACACAAGUAAAUUACUUGGGUUUCCGGCUGUAUCGCGCUUUACCAUUCUUGUAUGAAUUGCGGUGUGUGCUUGAUUGGUCUUGCACAACCACAUCAUUAACAAUGUAUGAUUGGCUAAAGUUGGAGGACAUAUAUGCAAGCUUGUUUCUUGUGAAAUGCGAUGCAAUUUUGAAUAGAGCAAAUCAUCGACAAGGAGAAAAGCAAUCAAAAAUGACAAAGUUCUGUAGUGGGAUAUGCUUAUUCUUUGUACUUAUUUGCGUUAUUUGGGCUCCUAUGUUGAUUUAUAGUAGCGGUAAUCCUACAAAUAUUGCCAACCCCAUUAUUGAUGUAAGUAUUCGGAUUGAUAUAAAGGCACUUGGUGGAAGAUUAACCUUGUUUAAGACUACUGCUUGUGAAAAAAUACCCUGGAAGUACUUGAAGGCCUAUGAUGAUGUUGAUCCUCUAGGAUACCUAGGGUCAUACAAUGUCGAUGACAUUCAGCUGAUUUGCUGCCAACCUGAUGCAUCAACAAUGUGGUUGAUACCUCCUCCAGUCCAAAGUAGAUUCAUUCAAUCCCUUGAGAGAGAAAUACCUUUUGAAAAGAUGGAACUUAUUUUAAAUUGGGAUUUUCUCAGAGCUAGACCAAAAGGGAAGGAAUUAGUGCGCUAUGAAUCCCCUAUUGAACACUGUCCGAGUGUAGAUGAUGUUAAACAAGUGCUUAAUGGAACUACACACAGCUUCAGCAUAAUCGAUGCUUACCCUAGGUACUUUCGGGUUACUGGAUCAGGUGAAGUCCGGCGAUUAGAAGCAGCGAUAGAUUCAGUAAGUGGGGAACUGCUAUUUAAUAAUGGCACUCCUCCUUGGUGGUCAUUCUAUACAAAACCCUCAGAUUUGGCAGGCUGUCAAGGGCUGAAUGGUCCCAUGGCCAUAGUUGUGUCUGAGGAGACACCUCAGGGUAUUAUUGGUGAAACACUCAGCAAAUUUAGCAUAUGGAGUUUAUACAUUACUUUUGUUUUAGCUGUUGCAAGAUUUAUUAGGCUGCAGUGCUCAGACUUGAGAAUGAGAAUACCAUAUGAGAAUCUUCCGUCUUGUGACAGGCUACUCGACAUUUGUGAAGGCAUUUAUGCAGCAAGAGCAGAAGGCGAGUUAGAAGUGGAAGAAGUCCUAUACUGGACAUUGGUAAACAUCUACAGAUCACCACAUAUGCUGCUUGAAUACACAAAGCCUGACUAGGGCCUCCUGUCUGCAAAGGAAGUGAUUUUGCAAAUAUUUUCGAAGUACUAUACAAGUAAAGUAGACUAACGUUUUCUUUCCUUUGAGACCAUGGAAGCUGCUUGAUAGCCUUCUCCCCCUCUUCUUUCAUGUGAAUUUAGGAUCGAACGGUGUAUUUUUUUUCACCGACUUGGCCUGGCUGGCUGGCCGCCGAGGCAGCCCGGUUUGUUGAGAAGAAAUAGGACAAGAUCAUGUAAAUAGGCCUUGUAAUUACCCAUUUAUUUUUGCUAACAUGUAUGUACGGUUGACAGUUGUAUUUUUCUGGAAAACAUAUACAUCAAAGUUUGGUCAUCACAGUUAUCUCAA